GUGGCGGUUGGUGCGGCGCGGGCCGGUCCGUGAGGGGCCUCUGGGAGCCCUGUGGGGAGAGGUGACUGGUAGAAGCGGAAGACCUGUUCCUGACCAUGUCAAGGAGAAAGUUGGAGAAUAAAAGCCUUCCUGGCUUGUUAGCCACGUCUCUGCACACACAAAUCAAGACAGACAAUUUCCACAAUUUUUAUAUGCUUGAAUCAAAAGAGCUAGGAAGAGGAAGAUGUGCUGUGGUUAGAAAAUGCAUAGCUAAAUCCACGGGCCAAGAGUAUGCAGCUAAGUUUUUAAAGAAAAGAAGAAGAGGUCAAGACUGCAAAGCAGAGAUUCUUCAUGAAAUUGCUGUGCUUGAAUUAAUGAAAUCUAAUCCUCACAUAGUUAAUCUCCAUGAAGUCUACGAAACAGCAAAUGAAAUCAUCUUAGUUUUGGAAUAUGCUGCUGGAGGAGAAAUAUUUGACUUGUGUGUCCCAGAUCUGGAUGACAGAAUUGGUGAAAGGGAUAUUGUAAGGCUUAUAAGACAGAUACUUGAAGGACUUCGCUGCUUGCAUGAAAACAACAUUGUUCACCUGGAUUUAAAGCCUCAAAAUAUUUUGCUGAGCAGUGUCAAUCCUCUUGGUGAUGUCAAAAUAGUAGAUUUUGGUAUGUCUCGGAAGCUUGAGAAUUCUGGUGAACUGCGGCAGAUCAUGGGAACAACAGAGUAUCUAGCUCCAGAAAUCUUAAACUACGAUCCCAUUACCACAGCUACAGAUAUGUGGAACAUAGGUGUAAUUUCAUACAUGCUGCUGACACAAGAAUCUCCAUUUGUUGGAGCUGAUAAUCAAGAAACUUACCUUAAUAUAUCUCAAGUUAAUGUGGAUUAUUCAGAAGAAACGUUUUCGUCAGUUUCACAGCCUGCCAAAGACUUCAUUCAGAAACUCCUCAUAAAAAACCCGGAGCAAAGACCCACAGCAGAGGCCUGUCUUUCUCAUCUGUGGUUGCAGCAAGGAGAGUUCAUUCUCUUGUGCAGCCCUGAAGAAACUUGCUGCUCUUCUCUAAUGCCAGGACACACCACAAAAUGCUCUGAAGAGCGGAAUGUAAAAUCUAGUUGUAAUGGUACUUGCAGCAACAAGGAAGACAAAGAGAACAUUCCAGAGGACAGCAGUAUGGUCUCCAAACGCUUCCGUUUCGAUGAUUCGUUGCAGUAUCCCCAAGACUUCAUGACAGACUUCAUAUGUUAAUGCGUAAUAUAGACUUCUAUAAAAUGGAUUUAGCAUAAUCUGUUCCAGUGGUGAAUAUGAGAUUAUAGCUUGCCAAUUUGUGCAGCAUUGGCCUACUAGAAAUGCACUUUGAUUCUUUUAUGCUGGUGCUUCCUUUUCUGUCCGUUGCUGGCAGUGGACUUAACUCCUGAAAAACUGGGGUUGGUUGCACCAGUAAAAUGAAUUAUUUUUUUUAAGAAGAUUUAAUUAAAUAUUUUUGCACCUUUCAAGUUUUAGUCCAAAACUCAUGCCAGAGUGAACAAACUAAAACCUGAAAAUGAGUUUGUUAAAACUCGAGCUUUGCCAAACAGUGGUUGAAUACAUGCACGCUUUUAUGACUAGCCUUAAGAAAUCAGUCUAAGCAGAGAAACUGAAUUUAGCUGUUCUACUGGGCGUACUUGUGACCAUUCUCAUCACUUUAAAUGAGAGCUGAAGUUGGCAUGUUUUAGGAAUACGGUAUGUCUGUUGGAGCCAUUGGCAAAACCACUUUCUCUCUAGGAUCAUUAAUAGUUAAGGAAAUGUUUCUGCCUUAUUGAUCUGGUCCACUUAGGAAUUAAAAUGCAUACUCUGUUGUUUCCCAAAAGGAAACUGAGUUGGAUUUCUGCAGUGGUGAAGAGAAAAUGGGCAGAUUGUCAGUCCUUGUGCUAGUGGUCCGUUGCUUCUUAUCAGUAAGUUAUAUUUGGAGAGGAUGAGGGUCCCAUGCUGAUGUGAAUAUUUGAUAAACUAGUUUGCAUAAAAUCUCUAAAAUAGCAUCAUCUACCUAUAUUGACCUAUUCCUCAUCUUAAACAAAAACCCCAGCCAAACAAAAAAAAAACUGCAAAAAAAAAACCAAACCCAAAACAAGCCAAAAAGCCUCUUGAAGAGUUAAGUAUCAACUGAAUAAACUGAAAAUAACUGGUUUUGCCAGUGAAGCUGCAAUUAAAAGCUUUUCAUUAUGCCCCUGUAAUGUAGAAGUGCAGUGCAUCUUUCAGUCACAUGUUAUCCAUAAUAAUUUAGCUUCAUGCCUGCUCUAAGAAAUGGACUGCAGUGUUAGUGUUUAAAGACAAACUACUUAAUAAUGGUUUGAAGCCUUUAAAUUUGGUUUGUUUAUUGGUUUUAUUGUGUUUUGUGAGGUUUUUUUUUGUUUUUAAUUGUAUCCUUUUCACUUCCUGUUUCUAGGCUCUGAGGAAAUAAUGCCUGUGUCAAUUUUAAGCAAAUACCAAUCAUGCCUUAACAGCCUGAAACCAAUACUGACAAGAUAAAAUCUUAAUUGUAGCACUGAGGCUGGAAGUCUUUUUGUGUAGGGAAUGUAUUAAAACUCUUGUAAAUAGUUUAAAAGUAAACAGCACUUUAAAAUACUUCUGGGAUUUUCCACUCCUCAGAGCUUAGACUUAAUUGUCUUUGAUUUGGGUUGUUUUGUAUAAGAAAGUAUCACAAUCUGAAGUGUGCCUGUGGGCUUGCAAAUAGGCAGGUUGAGGUUCUGGAACAACAUAGGAUUGAGGUGAACAUAAUGAAUGGUAAAAGUUGUAUUUUAUCCUUCUUCACAUAAAGAAGGAACAGGGUUUUUUUACGAAGAGAUUUCAAUGUAAGGUACCACCUAAAAGCAUGGGGGAAUUCAGGACUGUUGUCUUUCUUUUGGGUGACACAUUGACAAGUGAAAAGUUCACUGAGGUUUAAGUAAGACUAUUUCAGCUUACUUUGUCAGAAGAAGUAGAAGUUUUCCAAGACUUAAUCUCAUGUGAAAGGAAGUAAAGAAUAUAUUCAGCGCAUACAAAGCUCAGGUGCCUAGGUAUAAAUGAACCACACUGAGUCUCCUCUGUAUUACUUCUCAUGUAACUUUUUUCAGUGAUACUGAUAAUAUAUAUAAAGUGACUUUGCUGGAGGCAGUUGCUGAAUUGUAUUCAGGUACCUUAUACCCUCACUUUUCAAACGCCUUGGCUUUUCCCAGUGGAAUCUUAACCUAAGCCUUUUUUUUUUUUUUUUUUUUUCCACCAGCAUGGAGUCCAGUUUGAACUGGAUAAAUUAAAAAUACAAACUUUUAUACAUACUGAGAAGUUAAAUUACAUGUAAGGAAGAAAAUAUCAAAAGGUGUGGCAGGUAAAGGUAGAAAAGUGUUUAUAAAAUUGUUACAUUUUAAAAUACAUUACUGAUCUGGAAUUGCAACUGGGGAGCUUGUGGAAGUCUUCGUACAUUGGUAUUCUAUUUGUAACAUCUGGAAAAUAAAGCUGAAAACUUAUGCCAGCACUUUAUGACAAAGUUGUUGUUCUUAAAAUUUUUAUCAUGGUAUCUGAUGUUUACAUUUCUUAGGACUUUUGGAGCUAACUCAUCUGUAAAUUUAAAUAAAUGAAAAUUUGUCUUAUCCAAGAAACUGAAGUUUUGAAGACUUCAUUUGUACUUAAAAUAUACCUUGAAUCAGA